GUCGGAAACACAUCAAUAAUAAGGCUGAAGUGUUUAACCUUCCAAAAACCAAAUUCUUGCUUACACAACUCUCAAGAUUAUUUUCAAGCAGGAGACUUGAUGAUAUGAAAACUAGGUUUCAUCUGGUAGAUACAGCAUCUAGGAAUGAUCCACACUUAAUCACUCUUCUAACAAGCUGGUUACCAGCGAGUCCUGUUCUUCGUCCAGUAUCGUGGAAACCGAUCUCUCUUCGCAGGAAUCCAUGGACCAUUUUGCUUAUCGUUGGCCUGUAGGCAUGAGUUUCGCAUGCGAGGAUGAGGAUUCGUCACCAGAGGUACAAUUUGGGAGUUCAUCUACGGGCGUCGAUCAACAACUAAGUUGGGGCACUGACUACUCGGCGCCUUCAUCUAGUAGGGGUGCAGGAGCUUCAACUAGUGUUGAGGCAAAUCCAUCCUCGUGUAGCGCUAGGAAGAGAAAAUCGUUACGAAGGAGUAGGCGGAUGACAACUACGGAAGACGACAUGAAGAGCCCACAAACUUCCACCUCAAGGGAACAACGAGGAAUAAAGAAUAGAGGUCGUAUGUCUGAGCGCACGACUGCUGUUGGAAGUUCAGGGAGCCGCACUACAGCCGGGCGAAGCUGUAUAGACAGCAUGCUGCGGACAACAUCUACUGGGUCAAGCGUUAUCAUGCCAGGACAGAUCGCAGCCAUG